AUGCUCAAUUCAUUUCACCUUUUCGGAAGCCUUCCCGUUGAGCUUCGGACCGAGAUUUGGAGCUUCGCAGUUCGUCCCACAAAGCCUGGUGUACAGGUCUUCAGCUUGAGCAGUGAUUCAAGGGGACAGCCGCAUGGAGAGAACACACAAGAAGCCCCUUGGGCCGCUACUUAUUGCCUAACGGCCCCGAAGUGGACCUUCGGUCCUAUAUCCAGUACAGUCAAUACAUUUGACGAAACCCUAGCUUCAUGGACCAAAAACAACCCUUCAACUUAUGUGGUGGACUCGGGUCUCUGGAAUGCCUGCAGACAUUCUCAUCGCGUUAUGAGGGACAUCAUUGAGUCCACCAAACCCAUGGUCGUUCAGACAAAGGUGGAACGUGGCAAUCGCCAAGGGAAGGUAGGCGCGUUACGGAGUCUACCAUCCCAGAAGCGCACAAUCAUCGUAUCGCCCAGUCAGGAUCUCUUCAUUCUGCAGUUCGACAAUCCUGACAUGCUCAGCUGGUCUUUGUUAGAGGAUAUCGUUCCCUUCGACACAGUCCCAAGCCUGGUGCACAUACGGAAUGUAGGGUGGCAGUACCAUCCAAUCUGGGCCUCGAGCUUACAGGACUCUCCAUGGAUUGGAAGUCUUGACUCUUUAUGCUCCUAUAUCGUAUACGGCGUCAGGUUCGGGGGACUGGAGACACUAUGGCUCAUAAACUACCGGAUCAAACGAAAACAUUGGGUUUCAUCGAAAAGUGAAGUCAAGGGGCGAGAUCUCAAGACCUUCGAAACAGAUAACUUUCGAUUUACAGAGGUGUUACUCGAUGAGAAUGUACUUUCGCCGGAGCAAUUGUGGUGGGAUGAGGUGGUCGCAGAGGAUGAUCCCUACACUGUCAUUGACUUUCUCGCUUUUGUGACGAGGCUCCGACUGUUGGUAUCUCACAUUCUUAUAUCUACCUCUACUCUUGAGGCUACCAGGCGAACCAUGAGCAUCAAGAUCCUUUCCUGUGAGAAUCUUUAA